AUGGGAUCCGUUGAACAGUCUACCCUUCCCCCCGAUUUCCUCUGGGGCUUCGCGACGGCUGCUUACCAGAUCGAGGGUGCCGUGAAUGAGGAUGGUCGAGGUCCGUCUAUCUGGGAUGCUUUCUGCAAAAUUCCUGGCAAGAUUGCUGGUGGCGGGUCGGGCGAGAUAGCUUGCGAUUCGUAUCAUCGGACUCAUGAGGAUAUUGCCUUGCUAAAACAAUGCGGUGCUCAGGCGUAUCGAUUUUCGCUGUCUUGGUCUCGCAUUAUUCCUCUCGGUGGUCGCAAUGACCCGGUCAAUGAGAAAGGCUUACAGUUCUAUCUCAAAUUCGUGGAUGACCUGCUAGCCGCGGGAAUCACGCCUAUGGUGACUCUUUUCCAUUGGGAUCUACCCGAAGAAUUGCAGAGGCGCUACGGAGGGCUUCUCAACAAACAAGAGUUUGUUGCGGAUUUUGCCCAUUAUGCUCGACUGGUCUUCCGGGCUUUCGGCUCCAAGGUCAAACACUGGGUUACCUUCAAUGAACCCUGGUGCAGCAGUGUUUUUGGGUUUAAUAACGGAAGCUUUGCUCCAGGUCGUACAAGUGACCGUGCCAAGAGUCCUGUCGGAGACAGUUCGACCGAGCCUUGGAUCGUGGGACACAGUAUCCUCGUGGCACAUGGCGCCGCGGUCAAGAUCUACCGGGAAGAGUUCAAGCUUCAAGACGGUGGUGAGAUUGGCAUUACGCUGAACGGCGACUGGGCCGAACCCUGGGACGCCGAAAACCCCGCUGACAUUGAAGCCUGUGACCGCAAGAUCGAAUUCGCCAUCUCAUGGUUCGCCGAUCCAAUCUACCACGGCAAAUACCCCGCCAGCAUGAUCAAACAGCUGGGCGACAGACUACCAACGUGGUCGACAGAGGACAUCGCUCUAGUCCACGGCAGCAACGACUUCUACGGAAUGAACCACUACUGCGCGAACUACAUCCGCGCCAAGACUGGCGAGCCCGAACUGGACGAUGUCGCCGGGAAUCUGGAACUGCUGCUGGAAGACAAACAUGGUAACAGUAUCGGACCCAUCACGCAGUCUCCCUGGUUGCGGCCGUGCCCGCUGGGGUUCCGCAAGUUGCUUAAAUGGCUCAGUGAGCGAUAUGGGUAUCCGAAGAUCUAUGUGACGGAAAAUGGGACGAGUGUGUUGGGUGAGAAUGAUUUGCCGCUGGAACAGUUGCUCGAAGAUGAAUUCCGGGUUCAAUAUUUCCGGGACUAUAUCGGCGCUAUGGCUGAUGCUUAUACCCUGGAUGGUGUUGAUGUGAGGGCUUACAUGGCUUGGAGCCUUAUGGAUAACUUUGAGUGGGCUGAAGGCUAUGAGACUCGCUUUGGAGUGACUUAUGUUGACUAUGAGCACGACCAGAAGAGAAUCCCCAAGAAGAGUGCUAAGAGCAUUGGUCAAAUGUUUGAUCGGUUGAUUGCGAAAGUUUGA